AUGAACAGAAGCGACGAAGCCAGCAAGGCGUUCAACUCUGCUGCCUCAUUUCGCGUUACCGACCCACCAAACCCCAAUUGGCAACCGAGACAAGGCCUCCCAGACCACAUCGAACCUGGAAAGUCGUGGAAAGCAGAAGAAGAGAAAGGCUGGAAGACUUGGAACCUCUCAGACAUCUCGCCGAGGGAGGUGUACCCUCUGUUGACUUCAUGCAUCGUGCCUCGCCCCAUCGCGCUCGUGUCUAGCAUCUCUUCCGAUGGGGUGCCUAACCUUGCCCCGUUCAGCUACUUUUCCAUGGUCGCGCACAAUCCGCCGUUAUUGAGCAUUUCCUUCUCUCAGUCUCCGCGGAAGUCCAAAGACACCAAGGAAAACAUACUUGCGACGAAACAGUUUACCGUAAGCAUUAUGAGCGAUCCAUUCAUAGAAGCAGCGAAUAUCACAUGUGUCGACGCCCCUGCUGAUGUGGAUGAGUGGGACAUCAGUGGCCUAACCAGAUCGACCAGCAUAGACGUGCGGCCCCCAUGGGUCAAAGAAAGUGCCAUCGGUCUUGAAUGCGAGUUGUUCUAUUCAUAUGAGAUUUGUCCGCCAAAUUCGGACGAGGUCACGAAUACGUUGGUCUUGGGUCUCAUUAAGCGGGCACAUGUUAGAGAGUCCGUUUUGACUGCAAGCGGUACCGUUGAUCCUGCUAAGCUUCGCGCCGUGUCACGCCUGGGUGGUGACAUGUACGCGAGGAUCGGGGAAGGUUUCGAACUUUCCAGGCCACCAUGGAAAACGAUACGAGAUCAAGUCAUGUCUCGCGCAUCUGAAUCAGAGUAG